AAAACAAAACAAAAAACGUUCACCUAAACUCGGUAAAUUGUGUAUUCUAACCUUAGCGUAACACUUUGCCGAGUUUUUCCCGCUGGAAAUGGACUGGACUCAAUCUUGUUGGAAUUCAGUCUUGAAUGAAGUCGAACACAACAAACCGACAAUCGACGUUGAUUUUUCUCCACCUGAGAAAGAAGACUUGAUUGCCAUAUUUCAAAGACCAGCUGGUUUUUCACUGUCAGAGAUCCCUGAAGACUUGAGGUUUUUAGAAGAUCCUGAUCUGGAGGAACAGCUGAAACCAACAUCAGUUACUAAAUGGUCAGAUGAUAUUUACAGACAGUUGGGUGACAAUGAAAUAGUAGAAGACAAUACCUCUCAGUGGUGCAAACAAUGCUCAGACGCUGAACUUGAGGCAAGUGAUUGUGAAAGCAAAACUAUGCUGUUGACGAAUGAAGCCGAUUUGGAGGCCUCAUUAAAACUAAAUGUGAACAACACAAACCCCCCAAUUCUUUCAUUUGCUAGGCUUGACCAGUGGGAUUUGGAUGAAGUCCUCAAAAACAUGAAAGAUGACAGAUUGCGAAUGCAAAAGUUUAAAUCAGCUGAAAAAAUGAGUACGCAUGCAGAUGCUGACAACAACCAGCUGGAGGUGAAUAUUUUGGAGAAACUUGCUGUUUUCUGUAUGAACCAAUCUGUGUCAGAACAUAUUCAAAAUUCCCACUGCACCAGCCAAAACUGUGUUUGGAACAAAUCAGUGGCAAAGAUGCAAACAGAGUUGCAGCCGAAUCACCAGGAACUUCCAGCUGUUUAUAUUGAUUUGCGAUGUCCUGAUCAAGCAAUAAAAGCAGUAAGAAUAACCCCAAAUAUUUUAUUGGAGUCUAAAUUGCCAGUCAAACACACUGCUGAGAAGGAAACACCACCUGUGAAGGAACACAAUCUUAAAGAGCACUCUACAUGCAAAAUGGAUGGCAGGGUAAUGACUGGUAAGAGCAACCUGCUUCAAAAAAUGAGGGAGAUGAGUAGAAAUGUGAAUAAAUAUCCUGACAAAUGUGCAGAUCAUCUAGAAGCAGAAGAAAUGAAGGACAAGGCACCUCACUAUGUGGAGUGUAUAUGUAGCCAUGACUCACACCAUCAGUGGGCAGAUAAGCAGUCUUCAUCUCUACAAUCUAGAAAAUCUAAAAUGGAAAGCCCACCAAAUGCUCAAGAUGCAUCUAUUAAAGAACCAAAGCAGCAGAGUAACCAACAGAAAGAGCACAUUAGGCCAAAAUCUCAUCAUAAGCAAGAUCAAGAAGUCCUGAAGCUGCUGGAAAAUCAUCAUACAGCCAAAUCUGUGGAUCUUAAGCAGCCAGCUGCUGAAAGGACUGAUGUUCUUUAUGAAUUUGAAGUGUCCUACCAAGAAUCAAUAAGCACACUACCAGGCAAUAUUGAGAAUGAAGGGUGUGUGCUACUGACUGUCAGCCUCUUCAGUCCUGGUAUGGUUGGAGAAAAGGAUGUUGCUCAUGGGAAAGAAAAUUAUAUAUAUUCAGCUGCAACAAAAUCAUACAUCUACAACACUUUAGUUGCUUGGUUUUUGUCUUUGGCAGGCCCAGACUCAUGUCACACUGAAGGCGGUUUUGGUGCAGAGAUCCCAUUCAGGGUUUCAGGACUCCAGCAGUUGUGGACAAAGAAUGGACUGGCUUUGCAUGUCUUAGCUGUGGAUCGACAAUGCUGCACACCAAAAGAAAGGAAUGCAGGUAUCCAUGCACCCUUCUAUAACAAUGUCUGUAGAUUCCUGUCAAAUACCACACUUACUGCAGUUGCCAGCUGGUUACCUCAGCUCAAAAACCUGCUGGACCAGCAACCCUUUGCCUCACACAUCCACCUUCCUACAUCCUGUUUAAACAGUUUCAUCUCUGCCAAUCCCAACAAAAAGGUUAUAGACAGGAUAUUUAGUCUCAGUCCACGGUUUUACUGGCUGACUGUGGAAACUCAGGAACCUGUUUUUAACGGGAAAGAGACCACACAAGAGCUCCACACAGGGGUAUCAGUUGCUGUGGGGUACACUGAGUUCUUUCAGCAACCUCUCAUAACACACUACACCCUUCAUCUGAUUCUUGACUUGGGACUCGAUGUGUGUGGUCUACGGCUGCUUUAUCCACCACAUGGGCUUCUGAGUGAAAGUGGUGGUUUAUCAGUCAACCAGAAACCCUAUGAGCCCUGCCAGCCCAUCCUUGCCCUAGCUGUUCGGGGUCCCCAUGCCCAUUCAUUGUUAAAGAAUUUAACUGGUUCCUUACAUCAUUUGCUACACAAGAAGACAGAAAAAUCCUCUGACAACCUACUAGACCCCAGAAGUCAAGUAUCUUCACUCAUACACUGCCCUCAGAUGACCAGUCAAGUCCACAGGGAGCUGUGCUUAUGGUUUUCAGGAAGAUUUCAAAGAAGAAAUCCACAGAAUCAAAACCAGCAUCUAAACAGAAGGAGCUUCUUUGAUUUAAGCAGAUCAUCUUCUUUGCUGUGUGCCACAACUAAAGCGGACUUAUUCCUCGUGGUUUCACCUGCAGUGCCUCCAAGUUGCUAUGGCCAAGUGAUGGCAACAUGUCUUAACAGAGGUUUCAGUCUUAUGGGGCUGCAAAGGCUGCAGCUUCAGACCAAUGUUGCCAUUGUCCUGGGACUCACUGGCCAACAGGUAAAAGUGUUCUGCAGUUCACCUACAUCCAUUCCAGAUCAGGUAGAGCUAAAGCUGCCCUCUCACUGCCUGGUGUUACUACUACGGAAAGAGAACAUGUUGCGCCACAGUGUUACUCUGCCAUCAGCCCUAAUGAGGGAAUUUAAAGAUCAAAGGCUUCUGGGUUUCUUCCACUUCUGGACUGACGGGGAUCACACAGUAGAGCCAAGUCUGUGUUUUCACACUGUGCCAUACAAUGAUAGCUUGUUCCACAUUUUUGUCAGGUGUAUGUGGACAGUGCCCAAACCUUCCAACGUGACACUGUCACAUCAAAAGUGUUCACCCCAGUCUGGCGUGAAUCAGGUGGUGACUUUGGCCCUGUGUGGAAAGGACAUGUGCCAAAACCUGAACCUCCUACAUAGAGUUCUUGCUGAAGGACUAAAAGGUCAUGAACAACGUGCUAAAUUUGAGCUGCUUGGCCUCAAGUGGCUGCCUCUGUUGACCCAACUUCAGGCUCAGGAGCUGAGUCCUUUUGAGGUGGGAGAGAGGUUCUUCUACGGCAGCGUGGACAAACUCAUGUCAUCAUCUGCACUAGUGUGUGUUCUGAGAGGAAAAGAUGCUUUUUCUUCAAUGAGAAACCUCUUACAGCUGAACGGCCACAACAAUCUCACUGUUUUGAUGUCACCAACCCCAGAGGUGGCCCUCAGACAAGUCUCCCUCUUCUUCUUUGAGCAUGAGUUAAUUCCUUAUCGACAGAUGCUGCUCACAGUAUGCCUGUUCAAACCAAGAGUCUGGAAUCUUGCUCUGGCUAAAAUAUUCUGCAAACUCCAACAAUCUGGCCUCACAGUGGUGGGCCUGCAUGUAGCAACCCUGGAUAAAAGUGAUGUCACUGAACGCUUGCCGGCAGAAGGUGUGCAGUACCUGUGCCCUGGCUCCCUGGCUCUCUGCCUUCAGGGAGAAAAUGCUGUGAAGAGGCUGCUGGACAUGCUGGGCCAAGAAGACUCUUCCCUGUGGUUGAGCUGUUAUGGAUCAAGAUCAUAUCAACAAGCAAUCAAGGAUGUAAAAACACUGUUCCCUGAGGGGCUCUGCUGUACUGAGACCAGCACCAUGAGACAGGAACAGAUAUCAAGUUUGUGCUCAGGCCCUGUAGCUUCCAUGGAGCAAAAAACAAGCUGCAUACUGAAUGUGGCUCAGGAAGGUCUGUCAGCUUUGGCACCUUCAAGACCGAUAGGAGGGUCCUUUGCAUGCAGAGCCUCCUGGCAGACAACCUGUUUGCUGAUUCCCUUAAAGGCUGCACCACACAGCAAAGUGUCUUCUCAGCUGGAGAUAGUAGAUAUGCUGCUGAAGUCAGGCUGCCAUCUAGUGGCAGGACAAAUGAGCAUCCUUGAUGAUGAGCAACAGAAACAUAUUGCCGAUACACUAGUGUCAUCAAGUGGGAGUGAAAAGAUGGCUCAUUUUUACACGGCUCCUUGUCUCAUCGUGGCUCUUCAAGGGGAAAAGAUUGUGGCUGACCUAAAACUGAUUCUUGAAAGUAUUUUAAAGGAGAGGUCAGAUCUGAAACAGGAAGGAAGGAAUAUUGUCUAUCCCAAAUGUGAGAAAGAGGCCAAGCAUUUGAUAUCUUAUCUAUUUGGUGCCAUGUCUCCUGACUGCUGUGACGCCACAGAGUCAUAAAUUAUCUGUUAACACAUUAAGUACAUUUUCCAAAGAACAACUUCUGUUUGCUUUGACAUGUCUGGUAGAAAACAAAGCUACAUUUAUAAUUCAGAUUGUUUGCUUUAGAUGAAUGGUAAAUACGUUUUCAAGCCACUUUGCUCUAAUAAACAUUUUCCUUAAAAGA